ACAAUGUCUAGCACUGCCGGUCAGGUCAUUAAAUGCAAAGCUGCUGUGGCUUGGGAGGCUGGAAAGCCACUAGUGAUUGAGGAAGUGGAAGUGGCGCCGCCGCAAGCCAAUGAAGUCCGAGUCAAGAUCGUUUUCACAUCUCUUUGUCACACCGAUGUUUAUUUCUGGGAAGCGAAGGGCCAAACUCCAUUGUUUCCUCGCAUUUUUGGGCAUGAAGCUGGAGGUAUUGUUGAGAGUGUUGGAGAAGGCGUGAAAGAUCUUCAACCAGGAGAUCAUGUUCUUCCUGUUUUCACUGGUGAAUGUGGGGAUUGUCGUCAUUGUAAAUCAGAAGAGAGCAAUAUGUGCGAUCUUCUUCGAAUCAACACUGAUCGUGGUGUUAUGAUCAGUGAUGGCAAGACCAGAUUCUCCAAAAAUGGACAGCCAAUUCAUCAUUUCGUUGGAACCUCCACUUUUAGUGAAUACACUGUUAUUCAUUUUGGCUGUUUGGCUAAGAUCAAUCCUGCUGCUCCUCUUGACAAAGUCUGCGUUCUUAGCUGCGGAAUUUCCACAGGCUUUGGUGCCACCGUGAAUGUUGCAAAGCCUAAAAAGGGUCAAUCUGUUGCUAUCUUUGGCCUUGGAGCUGUUGGGCUUGCUGCUGCUGAAGGGGCAAGAAUUUCCGGGGCAUCUAAGAUCAUUGGUGUUGAUUUGAACCCGGCUCGAUUCGAAGAAGCAAAGAAAUUUGGUUGCAAUGAAUUUGUUAACCCAAAGGAUCACAGCAAGCCAGUUCAAGAGGUGAUUGCCGAGAUGACGAAUGGAGGAGUCGACCGAAGUGUCGAAUGCACUGGAAGCAUCCAAGCAAUGAUCUCCGCAUUCGAAUGUGUUCACGAUGGGUGGGGUGUUGCAGUACUAGUGGGAGUCCCAAACAAAGACGACGCAUUCAAAACUCAUCCUAUGAAUUUCCUCAACGAAAGAACUCUGAAGGGUACGUUCUUCGGCAACUACAAGCCUCGAUCCGACAUUCCCGGGGUCGUCGAGAAGUACAUGAAUAAGGAGAUGGAAUUGGACAAGUUCAUAACUCAUUCAGUGCCGUUCUCUGAGAUCAACAAGGCGUUUGAUUACAUGCUGAAAGGGGAGUCCAUUCGAUGCAUCAUUCGCAUGGGAGAGUGAUUUAACAAAUUCUGGGUUAAGUUUUACAUUUCGGAAUAAAGAUUAUGACUGAAACUGGAGGAUUUCUCUCCGUUUCCUUUUUGUUUUCGUUGUUUUAUGUUUCUGGGUGUUCUUCGUGUUCAUCCAGCGAUUGCAUCGAUGUUAUUAAUAUACAUAAAUAAAUAGGAAGUUAAUCUUUGAUUU